AUGUCUAUAUUGCAUUUCUUGAGAUGGAGAAAAGGGACAAAUGCAAUUUUAUUGGAAACUGAUGCAGCAAAAAAGUGGGUAAACAAAUGGGGAUUUCUGGUAACUGAACGUGAUAAGAUUGAGGCUGAACAGGAGAAAUUGAGAAAUAAAUGUCGACUGCAUACCCCAGAUCACCUGAAGGUUCGACCUGCAUCACCCAUCAGCAAGUACAUCCAGGUAGGACCAUCGCCUCCUGUUCCAAAGACAACCCAAGGAUUAAUUGGCUGGCGGUCUGCUAUACCAGGUUUGAAUCUGGAGCAGUACAAAGGUCCCAGAAGAGGAAAGUGGAGCUUUCUAAGUCAGAUGAAAUGGCCAGAAGAUUGUAUUGACUAACUUUGUAAUUGUCAAAGCAUUUUUUUAUCACCUGUGUAUUAUCUGCUCAAUGAUGCUAGUGGUUUUAGCUGCAGCUCAGUCAGUACCCAAAAGGCUUGUUCUCCAUUGGGUUUUGAGAGAUUUCCACACGACUUUUAAAGUUUAAAAAUGCAAUAGCAAACCAUUUUAUGUGAAAUAUUAUAUUUUAUUCUUUUUCUCUUCUCAAAUAUGUUUCUACUUCAACCACUUUCCUCCUUCAAUUAACUCAGUGUUUGAAACUAAGGAAAUGCCUCUCCAUUCAAGGUUAGUGUCCUUGUUUUGAGGUGGUUUGUUCUGUUGACCUGAAUUAAUUCAAGGUCAAAACAGGAUGUGGGGCACAGAGACUUUUCAUAAAACCAGUGAAAGAAAAAUCUUUAUUUCUUCCACAUUUUCUCAUUUGAGUCUGUUCUUCAAGAUGACAAUAAAUUUUUUUCUGUGAUUUGAAA